CCUCUCACUGUCAUCAUCCAUCUGGAACCUGCACGUUGUCUUCAUAUGUACAGUAAGGCUCUGCCAAGCAACGUUUAGGAGACUUUAAUAAGUCUCACAUUAUUAAGUGAAGGCGGUGGUCUCUAUCAGCAACAAUGUUACUAGGAAUCACUGUCUUCUACACCCUGGCUAUCCUACAGGCACUCGCCCUACCUGGGGUGGCCGAGGAGGUGAUGGUGGUGAGGUUGCAGAGAAUGGACGUGGCUUCCAACGAUAGUUUCCUGGACAGUGGGAAGAAUGCCCUGCCAGACCUGCCUCAGUGGACUGUGUGUGUGAGGCUUCGACUGUUCCAUUUAUCCCGCCUCAACACCAUCUUCAGCUACACCACCGGCGAACACUACCAGGAGAUUAUGCUGGGUAUUGACUGGCCUCAGUCCAACCUGCGGCUGGAGUGUUGUAAGUACACGGGGUUUAUGGAGAUGGCGGUACCCCUCCGCCUGUACACUUGGCACCAGAUAUGUCUGUCUGCGGACAUGACCAAGGACGUCCAGUACAUGAUCUUCGAUGACCUGGUACAUAUGGCACUUAUUCGACGUCCAGGCGUCUCACGUGAACAGCUUCACAAAGUGCGGGGCGGCGGCCGCUUCCUGUUGGGACAGAACUAUAACCCUGCAGCUGAUCUUAUGUUCAUCGAGGCUAUUCACGGUGAUCUGGCUGACUUUAGGUUUUAUGAUGUUGCCUUAUCGCUUGAAAAUCUCAAGAAUUUUGCUUCUUGCAAGCCAGUGAGUGAGUUGCGUUCACCUUUAUAUAAGUUUGAAUUAAACAUGACUAUGUUAAAAGCAAGUGGUGACAUCGAGUUGUACGAAAUGAGUCGAGAGGACAUUUGUUCUCAAGAACCUGAUCGGGUGAUGAUAAUACCCGAAAGAAUUAAUUUUGACAGAUCACUAGCAAUGUGUAGCUUUUUUACUGGAGACAUUAUCAUUCCCACAAAUCCUGAGGAAAACGUUGCUAUAUACGACAAGUAUGAAGAAUUUAACAACUACUGUGCAGAUAGUUGGGGCACCUCAUUUUGGUUUGGCGUAGUGGCAAAUCAUACAAGUGGAGGGUGGACAAGAGUAUCAGAUGGGAAGCCCCUGACGUGGGCCAAGUUCGCCCCCGGCUGGGAGAACCCCACUGAGGAACAUAGCUGCAUGGCUGUUGGAGCCAUUAACUUCAAAUACAAGUGGGCUGCAUCACCCUGCAACAUCCUUCAAUGCCCAAUAUGCAACUUCACAUCAACUCCUAAACUUCAUUUGCGUGGACUUUGCAACCUCUCAAAAUUUGAUCGUUUUUACUCUCCGUAUGAUUACUACAACAUGAAACCAGUAUUAGAAGGCCUCUUCUUGAGCAGAAUGACUUGGAAUAACAAUUCUUGGUUGAUCAAGAGCCGCCUCGAUGGGUCCGUGGAGGCCCGAAUGAAAUCAAACAAGCCAGAUGACUACCCAUUCGGCUUACAUACCUGGGACGUGAAGGGCGACGCCUGUGGUCAGGAUCAGGUGCAGUUACUGCUAACAUCAUGCGGCAUUACUGAUUUCACAUGUAGUGAUGGGUCAUGCAUCAAGAAGAUCAAACGCUGUGACCAAGAGGUUGACUGUCCAGAUAAUACUGACGAACUUAACUGUGAUGUUAUAACGUUUCCUGAGGGAUAUUCUGCGGAACUUGCGCCACCGGCAGUAAAUUCCCCACUGAUGUCUCUCCGCAUCUCGCUCGACAUCACAUCAAUCAGGGAAUUUGACAUCUUGGGAUUCAAUUUGGCAAUUGACAUCAUUCAAAGCAUCAAGUGGAGAGACGCGAGGCUCAUUUUGAGGAACCUCCGACAAGGAGACUUUCCCAACGAAGCAAAGAGCUUUGAUAAACUGUGGCUGCCGGACAUUCUGGUGAAGGAUGGGACCUACAGUCCAACCGACCUGCAGAUGAGGCGAGUGAGACUGUUGGUGCGCCGAGAUGCGGAUCCUCUGCCUGACGAUGAUUCCAACUACUCAGAAGAUGAGUUGUACCGCGGGGUGAACAGCACUGUGAAGCUGGUGCAGCAGUAUACAGUAAUAGCUAUGUGCCAGUUCCUGCUUUAUGCCUACCCUUUUGACUCUCAGAGAUGUUCUCUGGUCUACUCCAUUCCUGACCAAGCAGUAGGCAAGAUUUUACUUCUUCAAGAGGAGGUGAAGUUCACAGGGGAGCGGCGGCUGCUGGAGUACGAGCUGGUCAACGAGACGCUCACCGCCCGUGGUAACAUGUCCGCCGCCGUCCAGCUGCGGUUGGUGUUCCAGAACCAAUAUGGUUAUUACAUCGGCAACGCUGUGGUGCCCAGCUUGCUCAUGGCCACCAUAUGCUACCUCACCUUCUUCUUCGACCUCGACGACUUUACGGACCGCAUAAUGGUCUCGCUGACGUCCCUGCUGGUGCUGGCAGCACUCUUCACACAGACCAGUCAGUCCAUCCCUAAGACCGCCUACCUCAAGCUUAUUGACAUUUGGUACGUCACCCUCAUCAUCACCGACUUCCUCAUCAUCGUGAUGCUUGUGCUCAUCGAGAAUCAGAGGAUGCAAGAAAAACUCUCCAGAGACUCGUCUAAUUCUGUAUUUAAGAGUGCACGUAAGAUCACGCCUGUAGAGACUGCUGGGCAGCUCAUGGCUGCAAACGAAUUCGAUGACAAAAGGAAUAGAUCAAACACAGCUAAGACAAUGAAUACAAUAUCUUUGUGUUCGUUCCCGGUGUUGGCAACAGUAGGAUGUUUCUGCUGGAUACUGAUACAUCUCCAGAAAUCCCCGACCUCUCAUGGUACUUAGUGCAUUAUUCAUCAACUCUUUCGACUACUAGACGUGAACAGGCAAUAUUGACAAAGGUCGUAUCAAAUCUUAGCUUACUGGUAAAAGAGAAGAAUUCAAUAUGGAUGCCACCACAUGCGUUGGAGGUGGUGUGUGGAUUAGUGGAUCCCAUGUUAUUGACUUGACCUGAUGUCAUGUGAGGUCACCCCUUGUAUAUAAGCCCCUCUCAGUCCCAGUAAAUUCAGUUGACUCUGAAUAUGUCUUGAAUAAAAACGAAAUCUAA